UAUAAAUAUAUAUAUAUAUAUAUAUAUUUUUCUUUAGCUGAUGGAAGGAUUACAUUCAAGAAAAAAGAUCAACAGGGAAGAUGAGACUGAAUUCUUAGAUGAAGAAGAACAAGAAAGGUUACUUGGAGACCUUCGUCAACAGAAUGAUCAAGCAAAUCUAAAUAUACAGAGAGGACUAGUAGUCAUAGGCAUGAUUGUAUCAGCACUAUUCUUUUCCAUGUUAUUCCAAGCUUAUCCACAGACAAUACCUAUUUCUCAACUCUAUCAACCCACAUUGACAUCUGCAGUAACACCUCGAUUAGUAGCCCUAUUGAGUAUUGCAUCUAUCUAUCUGUCUAUUGCUACAUUGAUAUUAUCUUCCUCAUUGGCUAUUGUACCUGGAUUAGUGACUCAACACAGAGAUACUCGAGUGGGAUGGAUGGCUCUAGGUACAGCCAUAUGUGUUAUUAUUCAGAGUAUGACUUCCAGUUGGAUUGAAAUCGUAUUUUGGUCUAUUCCAUCUAUGCUUAUUCUUAUGUACUAUUCUGCUUAUUGUAUGAUCCAUAAAGUAUCUGUUGGACUAGAUCAACUUGAAAAAUCAAGAUACAAGUACAAGGGUGCAUAAUAAUAAAA